UUACGCUCCGAGGGGGAGGGGGGCAAAGCUAAAAAGCGUGACGCCAAGCCAUGUCUAUAAAAAGCAAAGAAUACGCUGGGCGCAAAGAAGCCGUCAGGAGAGGGUUUGUCAGGCUUCCCAUGGGCGAGCCCUCGGUUCGGGGGUGAAACUGUCAGGUUGCUUUCCGAAAGCAAAGAGUUGCUGUCUCUGAAAGACAUUAGGAAGAAAAAAAAAAAAAAAUCUCAUUUGUCAGAUUAAUUUGUGCGUGUUACGGGAGUUGGGUUGUAGCUGCUCCCUUUAUAUGCUGGCAGAAGUACAACCCUGUGCCUGGAAGCGUUCCGUGCUGUUAACUUACGUGGUUAUAGGGUGUUUUGUAACAGGACUGGUGAAGCUGAUGGUGCAAGAGUAAAGAGACGUGUGAAAAGAGAGCAGAGGGGAUGGGGACAGGUUUAUAUCCCAUACAUUGAGAGUUCUUCUGAAGGAUUCUCAAACAACCAAAAGGAAAGUAAAUUAAAACGUCUAUUUUUUUUUUUUUUUUUUAAAUCACUCUUACAGUAAAUGCUGUUGGCCUAAAAUUAAGUUCAAGUUGAUGGUAUUUUAAUAACUCAAGUAAAUUGUGGUAUUAUGGAAACUGAAAAAAAAAAUAGUUCUGGGUUAUGGAUGUGGUUUUGUGUGUAGUAUGCACUAUUUAAUAUAUAACACUAAGGUUGGGAUGCUUAAUUCUAAGUUAAAAUUCUGGCAUGAAUACAUUUAGCAAUUUACAAAUCAGCACCGAGUUUGAUGGAUCUGCACUGAAGGAAGUUGUUUUAACAGACUCUUGUACUUCAUUAAAAAUGUCCACUAUUUAAAAGCUGAUCAGCUCAUGCUUUAGUUUUAAUGUGUGUAGGAUAACAUAUUAAAAUUCUUUGCCACUCAUGUAUAGGACCUGUCCUGCCCUUUCCUAACUUUAGUCCUCUUUUCUGAAGAUCCUAUUGCGAAAGCCUUUUCUUCUGAGAGGUCUCUUGGAGGGCAUCUGGAAGGCAGUGGGGGAUGAAUGUUAUCCAAGUUGCUUGAGAGCAGCAUGCUGUGCUUUGGGAGAAGAUGAUUUUUUAGCUGGUGUAAAUGACUGCUGCUGCCUCCCAGAGCAAGAUAACCUGCUCAGUCAGCUGGAGCCCCCUGCGGACAGCUGUCUCGGUUUUAGCUGAUGGAAAACUGCUACUAACCACUGAAUGGAAGAGCGUGGAGCAGCAACCAUACUAGCAGCAGCCGCCGCUGCAGCGGCAAGAGCGAGCGAGGACUCUAUUGUUCCCUGGUGUUAAACAGUUUUUCCUUUUCAACUGCCAUGCACAAUAGUGGGACAGAGGUUUCCAGUCCCCUUCUCCCUGGGAAGAAAUUCUGAAGAGUGGAAUAUUAUUUGAAGAAGGAUUCGUGGCUGUGCUGCAGGUUUUGGAGGUGGCAGCAGGCUCUUGGAGGCAUGGGGUUGAGCGAGGGGAGCGCUGCUUUCUGCUGUGGUCCAGGGGUUUCCGCUGUGCCGGCCCGGUGUGUGGGAGUUCUUGUGCUUCUCCUGCUGGGAAUCUGGGACGCUUGUGCUCAAAGUGAAUCUCAAACUUCAUCGGUGUAUUUGUGGAAGACCGGCCCGUGGGGGAGAUGCAUGGGAGAUGAAUGCGGUCCAGGCGGCAUCCAGACACGAGCGGUGUGGUGCGCCCAUGUGGAGGGCUGGACCACGCUGCCCACGAACUGCAAGCAGCUGGAGCGGCCGGACAACCAGCAGAGCUGUUUUCGGGUCUGCGACUGGCACAAGGACCUGUACGACUGGCAGAUUGGCAGCUGGAACCAGUGCCGGCCUGUCCUCUCCCGCAGCCACGAGAAGCCCCUGGAGUGUCUCAGAGGGGAGGAAGGCAUCCAGACAAGGGACAUCACCUGUAUCCAGAAGUCCAAUGGGGUGCUGGUUGAGGAUGUCAUCUGCGAGUACUUCGAGCCGAAGCCCCGCCAGGAGCAGGCGUGCCUCAUCCCGUGCCGGCAGGACUGCAUUGUGGCUGAAUUCGCCCCCUGGUCGGAGUGCUCCAAGACCUGUGGCAACGGGCUUCAGCAUCGAACUCGGCACGUUGUGGCUCCACCACAGUUUGGUGGGUCUGCUUGUCCUAACCUCACCGAGUUUCAGAUCUGUCAGUCGAGCCCGUGCGCUGCUGAAGAAAGCCUGUAUAGCCUAAACGUGGGACCCUGGAGCGCAUGCUCUGUGCCCCAUUCCAGACAAAUAAGGCAAGCGAGGAAACGAGGGAAGAAUAAAGACAAGGAAAAGGACAGAGAAAAGGCAGUUCGGGAUCCCGAGGCUCGUGAGUUAAUUAAGAAGAAAAGGAAUAGAAACAGACAAAAUAGACAGGAGAACAAAUAUUGGGACAUACAAAUUGGAUACCAAACCAGGCAGGUCACAUGUACUCACAGAAAUGGGAAAACUGCUGCUCUGAGCUUCUGCAAACAAGACAAGUUGCCCAUUACGUUCCAGUCCUGUGUGAUCACGAAGGAGUGUCAGGUGUCAGAGUGGUCAGAAUGGACCCCCUGCUCCAAAACCUGCUUUGACAUGACAACCCCUAAAGGGAAUCGUACAAGAUCACGGACCAUUAAGCAGCUCCCUAUUGGCAGUGAAAGUGAAUGCCCGCAAUUAGAAGAAAGAGAGCAGUGUGUUUCUCAAGGCGAUGGUGUGGCACCGUGCAUUACGUACAGUUGGCGGACCACAGAGUGGACAGAAUGCCGUGUUGAUCCUCUUCUUAGCCAACAAGACAAGAGGCGAGGAAAUCAGACAGCGCUGUGCGGAGGUGGCAUUCAAACCCGGGAAAUGUACUGUGUGCAAGCUAAUGAAAAUCUCCUCUCCUAUUUAAAUACCCUAAAGGAAAAAGAAGAAAGUCAGUCACAGAGCAAGUCGAAGGCUAGUGCUGCACCUCUGCUAUCAAUCACUUUUGAAAUAACAGCCUCGAGGCCAGUGGACCGUAAGCUGUGUACAGGACCUCUUCCCAGCACAUCCCAGCUAUGCCAUAUCCCUUGUCCUACAGAGUGUGAGACUUCAGCCUGGUCAGCCUGGGGACCAUGCACCUAUGAAAGCUGUGAUGACCCUCAGGCCAAGAAGGGCUUUAAACUAAGGAAACGGCACAUCACCAAUGAGCCUACAGGGGGAACGGGGAACUGCCCUCACCUGCUGGAAGCCAUCCCAUGUGAAGAGCCCUCCUGCUACGACUGGAGAAUUGUUGGUCUGGAGGAGUGCAUUCCUGACAAUGAGAAGCCAUGCGGCCCUGGUACGCAGGUUCCUGUUGUCAUCUGCAUCACCAGUGAUGGAGAAGAGGUUGACAGACAGCUGUGUAGAGAUGCUAUCUACCCAAUCCCAGUUGUCUGCGAAGCUCCGUGCCCAAAGGACUGUGUGCUCAGCAUGUGGUCUGCAUGGUCCUCCUGCUCACACACCUGCUCCGGCAAAACCACAGAAGGGAAGCAGAUGCGUGCCCGCUCCAUUCUGGCGUAUGCAGGUGAAGGAGGAAUACAGUGCCCAAAUAGUAGUGCUCUACAGGAAACGCGCAGCUGUAACGAACACUCUUGCACUGUGUAUCAUUGGCAGACCGGCCCAUGGGGACAGUGCAUAGAGGAUACGUCUGUCUCUGCUUUCAACUCUUCUGCCAGCUGGAACGGGGAGGCUACCUGUUCCGUGGGGAUGCAGACAAGAAAGGUCAUCUGUGUGAGAGUCAACGUCGGACAAGUGGGCCCAAAAAAAUGCCCUGAGAGCCUCCGCCCAGAAACUGUGAGGCCUUGUCUGCUUCCCUGUAGGAAGGACUGUAUUGUGACUCCGUUCAGUGACUGGACAUUGUGUCCUUCUUCGUGCCAAGAAGGGGGUGUCACGGUAAGGAAGCAGUCCCGUCACCGCGUCAUCAUCCAGCUCCCCGCCAACAGCGGUCGGGAGUGCCCGGACUCUUUGUUUGAGGAAAAGGAAUGCGAAGCUUCUCCCACCUGCUAUAGCUACAGGUGGAAGACCCACAAGUGGCGCAGGUGCCAGCUAGUACCUUGGUACGUACGCCAAGACAGUCCAGGAGCACAUGAAACUUGUGGACCUGGGCUACAAGCCAGAGCAAUUACUUGUCGAAGACAAGACGGAGGACAGGCUGACAUCAGUGAAUGCCUUAAAUACUCUGGUCCAUUACCAUCCUUAACACAGACGUGCCAAAUUCCCUGCCAAGAUGACUGUCAGUUUACUAACUGGUCAAAGUUUUCUUCCUGUAAUGGAGACUGUGGAGGAGUCAGGACAAGAAAGCGCACUCUUGUUGGAAAAAGUAAGAAAAGGGAUAAAUGCAAAAAUUCUCAGUUGUAUCCUCUGAUUGAGAAUCAGUUUUGUCCAUGUGACAAGUACAGUGCUCAGCCUGUGGGAAAUUGGUCAGAUUGUAUUUUACCAGAGGGUAAACUGGAAUCAUUGCUGGGAAUGAAGGUACAAGGAGAUGUUAAGGAAUGUGGACAAGGCUAUCGUUACCAAGCCAUGGCAUGCUAUGACCAAAACAAUCGACUUGUGGAAACAUCACGAUGCAACAGUCACGGUUAUAUUGAGGAAGCCUGUAUUAUUCCAUGCCCCUCAGACUGCAAGCUCAGUGAGUGGUCCAACUGGUCUCGCUGUAGUAAAUCCUGUGGGAGUGGGGUAAAGGUUCGGUCUAAGUGGCUUCGUGAAAAACCCUACAAUGGUGGAAGACCCUGUCCAAAGCUAGAUCAUGUCAAUCAGGCUCAGGUAUAUGAGGUAGUCCCUUGCCACAGUGACUGCAGCCAGUACGCAUGGAUUACUGAGCCCUGGAGUGUCUGCAAGGUGACCAAUGUGGACUUAAAAGAGAACUGUGGAGAAGGUGUUCAGACGAGGAAAGUCAGGUGCAUGCUAAAUACUGUGGAUGGUCCUUCUGACACUGUAGAGGACUAUCUGUGUGAUCCUGAAGAGAUGCCACUUGGUGCUAGAAAAUGCACAUUACCAUGUCCUGAAGACUGUGUUAUGUCUGAAUGGGGAUCAUGGUCUCGAUGUUCUUUGCCAUGCAAUGGAAGUAGUGUCCGCGAAAGGUCAGCUGAAUCCCUGAGACAACCAGAUGAUGGAAAGUCUUGUCCUGCUGCCACUGAGACAGAAGUCUGCACUUUGAACAAAAACUGCUAUCACUAUGACUACAAUGUGACAGACUGGAGCACAUGUCAGCUCAGUGAGAAGGCUGUCUGUGGUAACGGUAUCAAAACACGGAUGCUCGAUUGUGUUCGCAGUGAUGGAAAAUCAGUUGACCUGAAAUACUGUGAAGAGCUUGGUUUGGAGAAGACAUGGCAAAUGAAUACAUCUUGUGUGGUGGAAUGUCCUGUGAACUGUCAGCUCUCUGACUGGUCCCCUUGGUCUGAGUGCUCUCAAACAUGUGGCCUUACAGGAAAAAUGAUCAGACGAAGGACCAUAAAUCAGCCUUUUCAGGGUGAUGGGAGGCCUUGUCCUUCUCAGAUGGAGCAAUUCAAACCCUGCCCAGUAAAACCUUGUUAUCGAUGGAAAUACGGUCAAUGGUCUGCAUGCAAAGUAGAGGAUGCUCAAUGUGGAGAGGGAACACGAGUGAGGAACAUUUCCUGUGUGGUUUUUGAUGGAUCCAUUGAAGAUGGUGGCAAAGUAGUAGAUGAGGAAUUUUGUGGAGAAAUAGAGCCUGUUAUAGAUGGUAAUAAGAAGAUUAUACUUGAGGAAACCUGCACUGUCCCUUGUCCAGGUGACUGUUACUUGAGAGAGUGGUCAGAGUGGAGCAUUUGUCAGCUAACCUGUGUUAACGGUGAGGAUCUUGGCUUUGGAGGGAUACAGGUCCGAUCUCGGGCAGUGAUCAUUCAGGAAUUAGAGAAUCAACAUCUCUGUCCAGAACAGGCUUUGGAAACAAGACCUUGCAAUGAUGGCCAGUGCUAUGAAUACAAGUGGAUGGCUAGCCCGUGGAAGGGAUCUUCUCGAACCGUGUGGUGCCAAAGGUCAGAUGGUUUAAAUGUCACAGGGGGCUGUUUAGUGAUGCGCCAACCAGAUGCUGACAGGUCAUGUAACCCACCGUGCAGUCAACCCCAUGCUUACUGCAGUGAGACUAGAACGUGCAGUUGUGAAGACGGAUACACUGAAGUUAUGUCCUCUGAUGGCACACUCGAACAGUGCACUCUCAUCCCAGUGGUGGUGAUCCCCACCAUGGAGGACAAAAAGGGAGAUGUGAAAACCAGUCGAGCUGUGAACCCUACCCAGCCCUCCAGUAACCAGUCAGGACGAGGAAGGACCUGGUUUCUACAGCCUUUUGGGCCAGAUGGGAGGCUGAAGACCUGGGUUUAUGGUGUAGCUGCUGGUGCAUUUGUUUUACUCAUCUUUAUUGUUUCUAUGAUCUAUCUAGCCUGCAAAAAGCCAAAGAAGCCCCAGAGGAGGCAGAACAACCGACUGAAACCUUUAACCUUGGCUUAUGAUGGAGAUGCAGAUAUGUAAAAUACAACUUCUCAUGGUGACAAAUGGCAUCUAAAUUAAUGGACUGAAAUCAAAAGGUGUCUAAAGCCACAGGGAUUUUCUAUGGAGUGGAUGAAGUGUUUUGACUUUUUUGUAACUGCACCAUAGAUAAAGGAUGAAUUUCAUAAUGCCUAUGGAUAUUCAAGGUAUUAUUGCUUUACUUUAGACCAUCAGCACUGAGAAAUCUGGCAGAAUCACAUUAAUAGACACUGCAGUUGGAGAUUUGUGGUCUUUCUUCAAUCUUACAAACUAUAAGCACCACUUCUGUCUCCAGAAUACUGUAGCUGACAUAGUAAUAACAGUUGGAAGCCCCUGCAUCAUUAACCAAGUAUAAUCGGUGCGCAUGAAGAGUUUGUACCAAGCUAUGACUCUUUAUAUUCAAGCAUAACAUAUAUACUCAGUUGAACCAUAUGUAUUGCUCUAUCAGAUUAUAUACUUGUUAAAAAGCAUUUUAGUGCUGAGUACAGUAUUAACUUUUAACUGGGAUUAAUCCACUGAACAAAUUCAACAGUUUGCCAGUUGAUGAUAACUUGUGUUAAACCUGAAAUUCAGAGGGCAAUGACUCACUUGCAAAAUUCUGUCCUGUUAUCACUCCAGAGUAUAAAGGCCUCAUAUGUACAUCCAGAAAGGAGGCAUUCUCAGAUUCAAUAUUUUCUAGCGGUUGCUGUUUGGAAAAAGAAUACCCAUUGUAAAUGUUACAAUAUGUUUCUACUUUCUCUAACUCAAACUGUUGCCUGCAUCUUUUUUGCUACAUGUAAGGCAAAUUUUUGCACUAUAUUAGUGCAGCAUGAUAUGCACUUAACUAGUAUUGCCAUAGAAACUGCCUCUUUUCUGAAAGGAUGAUGAUGUAUCUUGUACAAGGAGUGUCAAGUAGACAGGUCUUGAAUCCUGAAGAGAGUAGUCUUUGGUCUGGACUGCAACUGGAUGGAAUCGGCUAACGACGUGUACUGUACACACACACCUUUCCUUGUCACAGCAGCCAUUUGUGGUCUAUAUCAUGGCAGUAAUACAAGUGUCUAGUUUCCUGCCCCAUCUACCUAUACCGGUAUAGAUUGUCCUGCUGGUUUCUAAUUGUACUUUGAAGGCUGUUUAUGACUAGAUUUUUUAUAUUUGUUAACUUUGUUAGAAAAAAAAGAAAAGAAAAAGAAAAGUGGUUGCCCUGUAAUCCUGAGUGACAUACUUACCAUCUAAAAAGGUAUUCUGAUUGUUUGUUCAACUAAAAUAAAAUGGUUUUGAUUUUUUUUUCCUUCUGCUAGUGAGAGCAUUUUCACUGUUGAUGACAGUGCAAUACUCAGAGCCCUUUUGUCUUUUCUAAUUAGGAUAAUUGGAUAGACUUAAUUAUUCAGUUAAACUCUUGAGCAUGCUGGCAAGUAAACAGUAAGAUCAGUAGUUCUGCCAUUUGAAUACUCGUGACUUUUUUAAAAAACUCUGGCAGUAUAAAAACUCACUGUUAACCUCUUCCAUGCUUACAGCUUUUCAGUGUUACGCUUUUGACAUGAAGCUCAUUGACUUGCCAUUGUAUCUACAUGCCUGUUACAGAUGUGAUUCAUGACCUGAGAAGGGAUAUUCUCAUCAAAUGGCUUAUAUGUGUAACCUGAAUAUAUAAGUGACUGUGCCACUACUAAGCAAUACAAAACCUUAUCAGGCAACCUUUCAAAAAUAAUUCUUAUAUAAAGUUCAAUAUUAGAUUCUCAGGUCUUUUUUAUAACCUAAACCAUUUUUUCCUACUCAUUGUACUAUCUACUCAAGAAGCAACAGGUUUUGCACACUGAAUAAAACUGUCACUUUUCAAACUUUGGCCCAGAUCCACUGAAAUCAAUGACAAGACUCAUGGACAUCAGCAGGUAACAUCAGUACUUAAAAAUACCUACCUUUGGUCCACGUAGAAUAAUUCUUGGAACCAAUGUGCAUUUUGUUAAAGUUCAGGAGAGAUUGUGGUCCUACUUCAAUUUAGCUAGCUUACAUUACCAAUGUGGUGCUACCGCAUCAAGAAAAUGACCUUCCUCCCACUGUGUAAGUAUUCCCCAAAUGGGAAUGAUGAGCAGAGAGGAACAAUGUUAAAAAUCUUUUUUACAGGAUUCAUUUCUCAUUUUAUACCUUGAUCAGGCCGCACCGGUGAAGGGCCAUGGCCCCCUGCCACAGCAGUGGUUUGUUCAUACACAUGUCCCAGGACUGGGGGCUUCAGUCUUAAAUUCCUUUGUAAAGAUCCCUAAGAAAAAAAAAAUCUUGAUGAGUUUAAUUACUUCAGCAUUCUUGAGUAGAAAACAAGAAAAACCUUGUUGAUUCCUAUUUUGUCAGACAUACAAAAAAUAACGUUGAAAAGUUAUGAAGUUCUAAAGAACAAUAACUAUCAUGUGGAGACAUAGAGCUUAAUCAUGAUUUCUGUACUUUUAGAAGUCUGAUUCUGUAUUGUCAAAUAGUAUUGAACCAAUAGGAAACUGAGGGAACAGGGUUUCUUUCAUUGACAAUGAGUCAUCAUUCUUUAUUAUAUUGGCUGGACUUAGCAGGAGCCAUUGCCUAGUUCUUGCCUUGAAGAUUUUUAUGUUCUAAAUGUAAGAAUUUAAUAAUUUGAAGUUAAAGGUAUGCCAUCUCCUUUUUCUUACUGUAUAAAAUGGACAAAUGAAGAAAGGGAUAGGAGGGUUUUUAAAGUAUGUUUGGCCUUUGCAAUCCAUGAAAGUAUUUUAGUAUGUGUUACAUUUUAUAUCUGGUCAGAAAAUUUUGCUGGUGCACAUCUGCAUCAUACUAGUGCUGCAUUUAAAAUCUAGAGUGCAUUUUUAUUAUUAGUUUUUUUAUGAACAAAGUGCACAGAAAUUCGAAGCCAAUAUGGCUUCCUUCAUUAUCAAGAAAAAAAAAAAUUAGGCUAUAAGGAGGGCUGAAAUUUUAUGUAAAGCUAAAAAUUGCAAAGGUGAUUAAGCCCUUUAACAUUGAAACAGAAAUAAGUAAUAGGUGAAUUAUCAUUAUGGAAUGAAAAGCAAUUUGCUUUAAAAAUCAGAGUGCUUCUACAAAUCCAGUGCCUAAAGCAGCCACUACUGUAGAUUGUUAGUUUGUGAAAGUAAUGUUUCCAGUGAUCAGAUAAACCAUUCAGAAAAUAGCAAAGUAGACAUUUUCCUGUUGAUGUGGUGGUUUGUAUUUUCCUUUUUAAAUUUGUAGUUUCUAGAUUACUGUGUCUGCUUUGAGUCCUGGAGCAGUUCCUUUUGAAGCUUUGAUGCAACUGAAGAAGCUUGUUUAUACUUGGUAUAAAGCAUCGAUUUUGAAACUCCCUUCCUCCUGCUAAAAUGUAAUAAAGUUUGUUUUCCAAUACUACAAUCUGAAGAGACCAAUUUAAAAACUCUAUGUAUAAAUCACUGUAAAAUAUUCCUUGAAUGAAAUGGAAAUCUGUCUUUUUACCCUUCUGUAAAUUGUGCUCACCCAAAGUUAAGAGUUUAUUUUGCCUAACUUAAUUUACUUGAAUAUUUAUUUUGUAGAACAAGGAGGCAACUGUCUGAGGAAUGUUUACCUUUUUUUUUUGUUAAUGUUAAUUUGUAAAUUGUGUAAUGCAUUUUUAUUUUUUAAAUUAUGUAUAUUUCUUUUUUAAUGCACAAAAUGUUUACGUACAACUACUGCAAAUUUGUGUAUAUUGUCACUAAGCUUUAUUCAGUUAAUACAGAUGACAUGAAAAUGUAAUAAGUCUUACAUUUUCAUCUGGGUUAUUUUUACAUAACUGAUGUACUGCUGACAAUAAAUAUAAACACAAAAUUAUUUAAUGUCUUUUUUUUAUAUAUAUGUAGUAUACUACACUGGGAUAGAGUAACAAUAAAAAUGAGAUCCCUAAAAUAGGACCACCUUUUAAAUAGUCUCUUUUUUAAAAUAAAGAAAUUAGCAAACAUAUUCUUGUUAAGAAUUAGUAUUUCUCUUUAAAAAGAAAGAAAAAUACUUUCUGAUGUUAUGGUAACUAUUGAAGGCUAUUGCUACAGUCCUUGUUGACAUAGACAUUUACAAUGCAUAUUUAAUUCAUCGAUAAAUAUCCAAUAAAUGCAAUAAAUUGGUGGUAUUUAAAUUUUUUUACCUUAAUUGCCAUUUUUAAUUCAGAAAAACUAGGCCAUAUGUGAAGAAUAAGUGGUGGAUCAAGAUCUCACUAAAACACAUCUAUUAACUUCAGUAAAUCUGAAUAGGUCCCUGUCCCUAUAGGAGAUGGAACAGGUAACAAAAUCCCCCUCCUCUAAAUAAACAAACAUGCCUAAUGCAGUCAAUAAAAUUAUCAUUUACGUCCCAGUUGCUAAAUUAACAUUACCAAAUUCACUCUAAUUUCUUCUAGAAUCAGUUGUGACUCUGCACUUUUUUCAUAAUUGCUCGUAUUCUACCUCUGUGGUCUCCAAAACUCAAUUUUUUUCAUGUCCAUUUCUACAACAUAUAUUUAUGCACCAGUUCAUGGGGGUUUAUACAAUUUUGAUAGUUAUUACCUUCCCAGUAACCCUUCCAGGCUAACCCUUAAAAGUUUGAAACCCAGUUUUGAGAGCAUACAACUUUAAUUUUAGAGGCAUUUCAGGAUUUUCAGAAGUACCUCCUACGUACCUUUUCUCCUGCUGGAAUUCAGAGUAAAAUAACAGAAGCAUUGGACUUGUCUUCCCACCUUAAAUUUAAUAGAGGAAUUUUUUAGAUCAUUUAAAGUUGUUUAAUUCAGUACAGGCAGAAUUCUACAAACAGUUAAAAAAGGUACUUGAGAGAAGAAAAUUAAAAUUCUCAUUUAAACUCUGCAGAAGGGAUUUACCUAUGGUAUACUCAUGAAGAUCAUAUGGUCUUCACAUUCAGUAAAGACAGACUUUGGCAAUUGGUUGCAAGACUUCUAGAGUAAUGGCUUACAGAUAGGGAAAAGUAUUAUUUAUUUUUAAAAAAGAGUAAGAGAAUAUGAUUUUCCAAUAAAAGAAUAAUGAAAGGAGAUAAAUAGAGAGGUAAAUCGAGAGGCUUAGAUAAGCCUUGUAAAUAUUUUAGGCCUCUAGUAAUGUGAAGCUCUACAGAAUUAGGUCUAGAAAUUUAUCCUGCUGAAACAGUAUUGGGCUUAAGCAGCCAUUCAGGAUCUGCUUGGCAUCACAAAGCACAAUCUGGCUACAGAAAAGUUUAUUUCUCAAUCUUCUGGUUGUUUUAGACACAGGGAAGCUGAAUGUCUAUCCAAAAGCAGCUAAUGACCAGGCAAAUGAACAAAUGAUUUGCACUCUUUCAGAGCGUGGGUAUCUAUAGCAGACGGGUCUUAGUAUCUGCUUGCCUGUUCGUUUAUUUUUUCAGCAGAGGGAGCAGCUGAUUCAUUUUGCUUAACUUCAUUUGGGCAGUGCCCCUGGACAUGGACCGGUUGCCCUGUGGUGACAUGCCGGUGAAGCAUCUCCUACUUCCUUUUGAAAACUGGCAUCUUUCCUAAGUCCCUCUUGAUCUGAAGGAUUGCAAGGCUUACUGUGAGGCACACCUUCCGUGACAUUGGGCAGACACCGUUGCUCUUUCUGUUUGCCAUCAGGUAAUCUUGCACCGAGAAAGAAUUGAGCCUCGUGCGAGCACCGUAGUCUCAGAGUGGCAGAUUGUUAACACCGAUCUGCUGGUACUCACACAUGGCAGUGCUUUAAGCUGACCUUUCCCACCUGACGUAUAAGACAUUUCUGGUAUUAGUAUUCUAACCUGCCUUGACAAGCGGAUACUGUUGGAUGCUACCUCAUCCUGCUUGUCCCAGCCUGGUUAGGUAAUGGUUCUGCUGAAAAGGAGGGGGGGUGUGUCCUGGUGGACAACACGCUGACUGUGACUCGGCUGCAGACCCUGGCAGUGAGGGAGGUCCCCCUUGGGUAAGGGAAAAUGUCCUUCAAUUUGUCACAGUGGUGAAGCUAAUUAUCGUUUUCCAUAUUCAAAGAAAUAACAUUUCAAACAGUUCGAGGUUGAGCCUAUUUAAUUAUUACUAUGCGUUUAUGUAUUUACAAAUCCUUUGUCUUUUUAGAGAAAAAUAAGACUUGGUACUAGUUUGUUUAUAGAUGAGGGGUUGGUGGCUCCUGCAUAUGUUUUAAUAUUUUGUGGCUUGUAUUCAGAACAUAGUCCUGAAGUUUAUUAGAAUUAUAUUCUGAAAUUUAAAUUAUAAAAUGAAUGAGUUUCUGUUUACGUUCAAAAAUACCCUCCAUAAUGUCAUAUUUCCUUAAAAUGGCAGAUUACUUGUUUGUUUCUCAAUAAGUAUCAGAUCAGUUUUUCUUAGCUUACAAAUAAAUGCUUCGUCACAAAUUCAGUGUUGGGUUUGAAAGCAAGUCUAAUUUUUUUCCUUCCCUUAACAGUUAUAAAACCAAAAAAGCUUUCUUACCUAUACAUAUUAAACCAUGACUUAAAUCUCAGCUUUCUGAUUCUUCCCAGUGCUGCUGAGAUGCAAAUACAGAAAUAGCAAGAUAAUUUGAGCCCAUGACCAGAAUUUAGUUAACAGUUCUGUGAAUGCACAUUCACAGUUUGUUGGCUGUCCAGUAUUGACAGAUUAUUUUUAAAGUGCUGCCUAAUGAAGUCCUACAAAAACCUCUCCCAAACUGAUUUACAUGAUUUCUAUCACAGGAAAAAUAUGAAAACUGUCACAAAAAAAUAAGAGAAGGGUGGCAUAUUGUGUCUUGCUUUCAUACAGUAAACCUGAUUCCUUUAACAACUUUCUUCCUGUGCCCCCAUUAUGUCUUGAUUCUUGAAGCAAAUGGCAGAUUUCAUCCUUACCUGGAACUUUCUGAUUUGCACUGAUUGCUGUCAUAGCCUUUAUUCACUUUUGAUGUGUCUUCUCACUCUUAAGAUCAUGGUUAGACAGCAACAGUUACCAACUGACAAUUACAGGUAUUUACAGGCAUGCUAUCAAAAGCAAAAAUAUACAUGCUUAAAAUGUGGAUUUUGAAGCUGAAAUAAUUUGUUUCCUCUCUUCAUGCAAUGAAAGCUGCAGCUAUGUAUUUGGAAACCUUGAAGAUACCUGAUUUUACAUUAUUUCAGGUUCAACCACACCAUUCUAUUGCUGUUACUUUAUACUUUUCUCUCCUGCUCCCUUGUUAUACUAAUUUUGUUUUAAUUUUCAUUGUAAAAGCAUAUUGAAGGCUGUCUUCUCUGUGUGUACAAGUAUAACAGAACAGAGAACUUCCUCUUUGGAAACCUGACUGUGAUAUGUCAAUAAACAGUGAUUAACAGAA